AUGGCCUACGUCGCCAAGGCCGCCGUCUUCUUCUUCCUCGCUGUCGGCGCCGCCGCCGUCAUCAGCUGCCAUGCAGCACGCUCAGGCGCCGCCAUUGCCGCCGGUGGCUGCCAGCUGUCGGAUAUCACCGUGACGACGGCGAGGACGGGGAAGGUGGUGGAGGGGCAGCCGGAGUACGAGGUGACCGUCGCCAACGGGUGCGCGUGCCCGCAGAACGGCAUCCGGGUGAGCUGCCCCGGCGGCGUGCAGAGCGUCGAGCCGGUGGACGAGAGCAAGAUCCGCGCGGAGGACCUCGGGCUCUGCCUCGUCAACGACGGCAUGCCGGUGGCCAACGGGUCGCCGGUGACGUUCACGUACGCGUGGGCGCAGCCGCAGGACUUCGCCGCCGCCCAAGCCACGCCGUGGUGCUCAUGA